AUUACGUUAAUGAACCCACCGUCUCAUUUAACUAUAAUAGUCUCCCCUACCAAACUUCAUUACUCCUCUCAGUCCAGAGGCAGAGCAAAAUAGUGGCAAAUGGCCAAACGAAAAGAAAUACAGCCGGCCGACGUUCUCCUCGGCAAAUACGAAAUCCGCCGCCUCCUUGGUCGCGGCACCUUCGCCAAAGUCUACGAAGCCCGAUCCCUCGCCGACAACUCCACCGUCGCCAUCAAAAUCCUCAAUAAACCAGACCUCAUCUCCAACAACAUAGCCACCCGCAUCCUCGACGAAGUCUCCGCCAUGCGCCGCCUCAACGACCACCCCAACAUCGUCAAACUCCACGAAGUCCUCGCCACCCGCUCCAAGAUCUACCUCGUCAUGGAGUACGCCAGCGGCGGCGAGCUCCUCUCAUAUCUUGCCAGGCGCGGCCGCCUCCCUGAGCCCACCGCCGCCCGUUACUUCCAUCAAAUCCUCUCCGCCCUCCGCUUCUGCCACGCCCACGGCGUCGUCCACCGCGACGUCAAGCCCCAAAAUCUUCUUCUUGAUUGCAACGGUAACAUUAAAAUUUCCGACUUUGGGCUUUCUGCGCUGCCAGAGCACCGCCGCGAAGACGGGUUGCUGGUUACGGCUUGUGGUACACCCGCUUAUGCUGCGCCCGAGAUUACUCGGCGGAGACCCUACGAUGGAGCCCGUGCCGACGCGUGGUCCUGCGGCGUCAUCCUCUACGUUCUCCUCGCUGGAUAUUUGCCCUUUGAUGACUCUAAUUUGACUGAGAUGUAUCGCAGGAUACACCGACGAGAUUACAGGUUCCCUUCCUGGUUCUCCCCUGCUGCAAAACGAAUAAUUUCUCGUUUGCUCGAUCCUAAUCCGGAGACUCGAAUCACCAUUGAUGCUGUAACCGAGCUUUCAUGGUUCCGAAGGGCUAAUAGUCUUGGGGAUAGCCUCAUCCACUUCAGUGACGUGCUUCAGCCGGAGGCUGUGAUGCCGAUGCCAGCUCCCCGUGCGUUCAACGCGUUCGACAUAAUUUCCCAGUCAGCGGGGCUGGAUUUAUCACGGUUAUUUGAUGAGGAGGGGAAGGGUAGGAGAGAAAGGGAAAGGAGAUUUACAUCGACGGCGACACCUGAGGCGGUGGUGGGGAGGAUAGAGGAAGUUGGAAGGAAGCUUGGAUUUGUGUUUGAGAGGAGGAAGGAGGGGGGAGGGACGAAAGGAGGGGGGCGGUGGGGGGCGGUGAUGACGGUGGAGGUCGGGGUGGUGGCUCCGGCGAUGCUGCUUGUGAUGAUGAAGGUGGAGGGUGGGAGCUGGAAGGAAGAGGGGAAGAGAGUCGGAGGUGUUUGCUGGGAGGAGUUGAAGACUGAGCUGGGUGACCUCGUCUAUGCUUGGCACUAGACAAGUUUGAAUUGGCUGAGCUUGGUGAGUUUGAUCUGUGUAUUACUGUAGCAGUAGUUAAUUUGUGUUUUGGGCUUCUUGUAAACUAUUGUGGGAAUGAGACUGAGUCUCUGUUUAGGACA